AUGGAGAAGGAAGGGCUAAAACUACACAAGCAGAGGAAGCGAGACGUGCGGGGGUUCCGAGGGCAUCUGGUGGAAUUGACUACAAGACUUGAUGGUCUUACAACACUACACGGUGAACAUUCAAGAGCAUUAUUGAGAGAUUGUCAAGAUGUGAGCACCAAGGUAGUCGAAGCUAGUUCAUCUCUCGUCCGGGCAGAGGUGGAGAUAUUUGAAGCCCUUGCACGAAAAGGUUGGACAGGAGGUGGUCUCGAAGAUCUACUCGAACACGGUCAAGAUCUCUUCUCAUCGGAACCCCCUUCUACGAACACAGACUCGAAUGGUAGCCCAUCUAAGAUUUUCAGCAUUCUGCCACAAAAAUCAAUCCUUGUAGAUGCCACGCAGCCCGCUACCGAUGCGCCCCAUAAAAAGGUUAACCACAAGCGUAGCGAUAGUCUCCUUGUUGACAACAAUCAUUACCAGUCACUAGCUGCAGUCGCAGAUCGUGAUAUAGAUAGCGGAUCAAUAUUCUCCGAGCGAGACACCAGGAUUCUGAACCGCUCCCGAGGUGUAAGGCCCUUUAGUCCAGAACCCGUCGAAAGAAGCCUAGAUCCACUUGAGUUGCCUCCGCCUAGUCAGAUUCCCAGCCAACUUCCAUCUCCCAGAGAGGAAUAUAGUGAGAGAUCCAGAUUCGAGGCUUUCGGCUCUGUCACACCCGAGAUCUUUAAAGACGAGACUAUCCUUGAUUCUCAGGUUCCGUCACCAAUUUCCUCGCCGGAAAUAUUCGCAGAAACGGAGACGGGGACGCAGGCACCCACAGAUACUCGAGCAGAGAUGGCACAUGAGACCAGCAGUAUGCACUCAGAGGGUACGAUCCGCGGAGACGAGCGCAUUUCAUCACCAGAAAUCGAGUCUGAGAAUGACGAAGACAGAAGAGAGCGAGAAUGGAACGAUAGAUUUUAUGUUUAA